ACGUAUAUCUUGUUUUAUCUCCAGUUUUUGUGUAGACAUUAAUUUCAGUAUAAUAUCUGAAAUUUUAUAUAAACUUUAAAAAUUUGAAGACUAAUAAAAAUAUUUUUAAGUGAAACUUAUAGCUAAACUAUUGAAUAUAUAUAUACAAAAUAUGUCAAAAACAUUUAAAAAGUUAUCUGUGGUUAAAAAGACGGCCAAUUUUCGUGAAGCUGUCAAAGUGGUUGACGUACCGUUAGUUCCGCCAACUGAUGAYCAAAUCUUAGUGAAAGUGGUGUACGCGGGGGUCAACGCCACUGAUAUUAACAUAACUGCUGCCCGUUAUUUCACUGAUGGGAAACUACCCUUUGAUAUUGGAUUAGAGGCGUUGGGUCUUAUAGAAGCUAUUGGUAAAAAUGUGUCCAACUUUAAGGUGGGACAACCAGUCGUUUCAUUUGGUGUCACACCUAAAGCCUACAGUGAAUAUCUGUACGCAAAAGCAGAUGAAUUGGUUCCCAUCCCUAGUAUUAAACCAGAAUUUCUUUCACUUUUUGUCUGUGGUUUAACAGCAACUACUGGUUUGGAUGAGGCCGGUCGUAUAAAAUCGGGUGAAAAAGUAUUGAUAACAGCAUCUGCCGGCGGAACCGGACAUAUAGCUGUUCAAUGGGCUAAACAAAAGGGCUGUUAUGUCAUAGGAAUGACAUCAUCUACAGAAAAGGCUAAACUACUCAAAGAAUUGGGAACCGAUCGAGUGAUUAAUUAUAAGACUGAAAAUUUAGACGAAGUGCUCACUAAAGAGUUUCCGAAUGGUAUUGAUGUGAUUUGGGAGACAAUCGGAGGUAAAACAUAUGAAACUCUGUUUAAUCAUUUGGCACCAAAAGGACGACUCGUUAUUGUUGGCGGUAUUACUGGUUAUCAAACGGAAGGUUUUCUUGACAUUCAAAUACCAAAUUUAAAUACAAAACUAUUAAUGGGUAAUAAGAGUCUUACCGGAUAUAUUUUGUCGGGAUUUAACCAUUUAUUCCCUGAAUAUUUGACAAAAUUAAUUGGAGAUGUGGUCAACAAUAAGUUGAAAAUUGUUAUAGAUUUGGGACAAAAUACCACUGAAGGAGAAUUUAAAGGCAUUGAUGGUGUGGUCAGAGGGGUUGAGCACUUGCAUUCGGGUCGCAAUAUUGGCAAAGUUAUUAUCAAAAUACAAGAUCACUAAUCAAUUUAAAACAUCAUUUAAUUAGACAUAUAUUAUUAAAUUUAUUUGACAAUCUUAUAAAUCACUUUUUAAUAAAUUUUAUA